AUGCGUGCCACUUUUGCUCUCCGCAGCGCUGCCCGCACUCCCCUCAUCCGGUUCCUCGGCCGGCGUUCCGUGCCUCAGUCCGUUGACCACACCCCCCGUCCUCACCCCGCUUCUCCUUCCGGAAUCCUCCCGGACUCUUUCGCCGCCUACCGCAUCAAGGCUCAGCAGCACGGCCCCCUUGGCCGUGCCUCUUUCUCUCAGGGCAUUGGCCGCAGCGCUGGUGCCUCUCUGGGCCCCGUUCAGCCCAAGCAGGGUGAAUUCUUCGACCGCGACGAGCUUCCUGCCCGUUUCCACCGCCUUCCCUGGUCCGAGGCUGAGAUCGAGGCCAUUGAGACCGGCGGUGCCAGCCUGUUCGCGUAG